ACAAUCAAUAUAUUUAUUAAGAAUAAAAAAAAAUGUAACAUCGAUCUAUCGAUGAAGAUUUAGACUAUAACGAAGUUUUAAUUUGAGAAUUAAAAUUCAACUCCAUUUCAUGCCAUAGAUCAAAUCUCUCUUUCUUCCUAACAUUAUUCAUCCCCUCCUUCAAACAUCUCCGGAGGGGUCAAAUCAUACCCUCUUCCUUUUUUUUCCACAUGCAAAGGUUACGAGAUGGGUAGUGAAGCUGAUUUAAUAACAAUCGCCGGCGUCUCAUCUUCCACCCCAGACCACCAAUCCAACAGCACCACCUCAGCGCGAGGCGGCAGAGCAUCCACAUCAAAACAACCGACAUUCCUCCACGGCGAGCUCGACGUAUGGAUCCACGAGGCGAAGUCCCUCCCUAACAUGGACCUCGCCUCGGAGCACAUGCGUCGCUGCUUCAACAUCCUCGGCUCCCCUUGCUCCAAGGGGGGCCACCGCCGUCGCAAAUCAUCUGCCGCCUCCACCACCACAUCGUCGGCGCACCACCACUCCAUGAUCACGAGCGACCCCUACGUAUCCGUGUGCCUCGCGGGGGCCACCAUCGCCCAGACUCGCGUCAUCCCCAACUGCGAGAACCCGCUUUGGGAUGAGCACUUCUGCGUCCCCGUGGCCCACCCGGUCCUAAAAGUCGAGUUCCACGUCAAGGACAACGACGUCCUCGGCGCGCAGCUCAUCGGCGUCGUCGAGCUCCCCGUGGAGAAGGUCACCCCGGGGGAAAAAAUCGACGAUUGGUUCCCCCUGGUGGGCCACGCGGGGAACUGCCUCAAACCGAAUCCGGAGCUCCGGGUCUCGGUCCAGUUCAAACCGGUCGGGGUCGCCGCUGGACCGGGAUGCGGUGGGGUUCCCAACACGUAUUUUCCUCUAAGGAAGGGAGGGAUGGUGACGCUGUACCAGGACGCGCACGUCCCCGACGGGAUGGUGCCAGAGAUUUUGCUGGACGGCGGGAAGAUUUACCAGCAUCAGAAGUGCUGGGAGGAUAUGUGUCACGCAAUGUUGGAGGCGCAUCAUUUCAUCUACGUGAUCGGCUGGUCGAUUUAUCAUCGGGUUAAGCUCGUCAGGGAGCCAACGAAAGCAGUGCCGUCCGGCGGGGAGCUCACAUUGGGCGAGCUCCUGAAGUACAAAUCGCAGGAAGGGGUGAGAGUCGUGAUGUUGAUCUGGGAUGACAAGACUUCUCACGACAAGUUCCUCCUCAAAACGGAAGGGGUUAUGCAGACCCAUGACGAGGAGACAAAGAAGUUCUUCAAGCACUCCACAGUACACUGUGUUCUUGCACCUCGUUACGCCAGCAACAAGCUUAGCAUUUUCAAGCAACAGGUGGUCGGGACCCUGUUCACGCACCAUCAGAAGUGUGUGAUACUGGACACGCAGGCUUCUGGUAACAACAGGAAGAUCACUUCAUUCAUGGGCGGCUUGGACAUGUGUGACGGCAGAUACGACACUCCUGAUCACAGGUUGUUUCGCGAUCUUGACACUAUCUUCCUCAACGACUUCCACAACCCGACUUUUCCAUCUAAUGCGAGGAGUCCGAGACAACCGUGGCAUGAUCUGCACUGCAAGAUCGAAGGCCCAGCCGCGUACGACAUCCUGACGAAUUUCGAGCAGAGGUGGAGGAAAGCCCAGAAAUGGAGGGAUUUCAGGCUGAAAAAGGUCACCCAUUGGCACGACGAUGCCUUGCUCAGGUUGGAUCGUAUCUCUUGGAUUCUGAAUCCGUCCAAUCAUGGGGACAAGGAUGUCUACGCUUGCGACGAAUCCGAUCCUGAGCGUUGGCAUGUCCAGAUCUUCAGGUCGAUUGAUUCUGGAUCUGUCAGGGGAUUCCCGAAGGCAGUUGGAGAAGCAGCAGCUCAGAAUCUGGUGUGCGGGAAGAACCUGAAAGUGGACAAAAGCAUUCAUACAGCAUACAUUAAGGCAAUCAGAUCAGCACAACACUUCAUCUACAUAGAGAACCAAUACUUCCUUGGAUCUUCCUUCUGCUGGCCCUCCUACAAAAAUGCAGGUGCUGAUAACCUGGUACCAAUGGAGAUAGCGCUGAAGAUAGCGAGCAAGAUCAACACAAACGAGCGUUUCUCAGCUUAUGUGGUCAUACCCAUGUGGCCAGAGGGUUCUCCUACCAGUGCUGCAGUUCAAGAAAUCUUGUUUUGGCAGGGACAAACGAUGCAGAUGAUGUACAAGAUCAUAGCAAAUGCACUGGAGAAAGCAGGGCUGCUGGAGGCUUACCAUCCACAGGACUACCUGAAUUUCUUCUGCCUUGGCAAACGAGAAGACAAGAAUCAAGACUGUGCUGGUUUUUUGAAUCCCCAAACUGAAAAUCGUGCUUUGGCAGCAUGUCAAAAGUACCGCAGAUUCAUGAUCUACGUCCAUGCCAAAGGGAUGAUUGUCGACGACGAGUAUGUAGUCAUCGGAUCAGCAAACAUCAACCAGAGAUCUCUAGACGGUUCAAGAGACACCGAGAUCGCCAUGGGAGCUUACCAGCCAGCAUAUACUUGGGCUGCCAAACAGGGCCACCCGCGUAGCGAGGUCUGGAUACCAAAAUACUCUAGCAAACUGACCUUCUACGGUACUCCCAGUAAACUUCGCGAGUAUACGAUAUACGGAUACCGGAUGUCGCUGUGGGCGGAACACAUGGGGGAGCUGGAGGAAGAACACAGGGAGCCGCAGAGCAUGAAGUGCAUGAAGAGCGUGAACAAGGUUGCUAAGAACAACUGGAAGGCGUUCGUGGCCGAGCAGAGGCUCCCGAUGAAAGGACACUUGAUGCAGUACCCUAUUCAAGUCAGCAGAGAUGGUAAAGUCACUGCUUUGCCCGGCCACGAAUCUUUCCCAGACGUCGGCGGCAAGGUCCUUGGCUCGCCGACCACGCUUCCCGAUUCCCUCACCACCUGAGUAACAACAUGAGUGUAGCUGUCCCCUCAACUUAACUAUGACGGGUCUCAUGCACAGAGGGAUUGUUGAAAUACCAUGUGAAAGGAAGAGUUGUUAAACAGAAAGGGAACCAGAAGUGUUUUUACUGAACCAUAGAUUUAUAUGUUAGACGAGCUAGAUAUCUUAACAGGCUCCGCCAAAGGUUAGAGGGACUAACUGGUUUUGGUUUUCCGUUUAACUGACAGCCAAUCCGAUUUAGUAGAUUUGAGCAACUUCCGGCUUUCCAUUAACAGGUUAGCUUGAUAACAAACCAUGACCA